AUGUCGUUACAAUCAGAACUCACCUCAUACUUUCAUACAAAUGACACACAUGACGUUUCCCCUGAGACAAUAUGGCAGGCACAUAAGACGGUUCUAAGAGGCCUGGCAAUAAGUAAAGCAGCCUACAUCAAACGAACAGCACAACAAGAAUACAAUACUCUCCUAAAGACAUUGCGAGACCAAACAAAUGAACAUCUACUCAAACCAACAGAGACAGGACUAAACGCUAUAACGCAAACAAACAAGAAACUUAAUGAGUAUCUGCUAGCCAAGACAACGUCCACACUACAAAGACUUCACACCCACACGUACUGUCAGGGCAACAAAGCGACAUAA